AUGUCUGGACCGAGCGAUGAUAUGGAAAUGGAAAAAAUGGCGGAGGAUGAGUUAUCUAAACUGCAAAGACAGUUUAGAGUAAUGGAGGUCGAUCGUGCUAAUGUCAUGAGCAGUGUGAAGCCCACCCUUAGAGUGCAAAGGAACAUUAUACAAUCGCUGACCGCCGAUCUCGAUAAAAUAAUGAUACAACUUAAGUUGACAAAAAGCACAUCGAACGUUCUGGAAAACGCGAAAACGCGGGAAAAGCUGCUGUCACUUUUAAAGGAUUACGAGACGCAUUCUGCGGAAGUAAAGGAAUAUCGGGCGAACAUCAAUGAAUUGGACUUCCUUUUAAAGCAAGUGCAGAAGGAAAUUAAAAAGCUGAGGUCGAAAGGAUCAGAGAAGGCGUAUGAACCGACAGACAAUCAAACGAUAGUGAGUCAACUCGAGAACCGGCUCAACACAGCUAUGAUGAAGUUUAACUCGGUCAACAGCGAAAACUAUAACAUGCGCCUGCACAUUGACCGGCUUCUGUGCGAUCGUCAGUUUUUCAACACAAUCUGGAAGGGCCAGGUGCGCCGCCUGAUGGAAGGCAAAGCGUUGGCCCUCGAGCUGGUGGAAGGCACCAUCUCCACGUACGAGCAGCGCGAGGAGUGGUGCGCCAAGCUGGAAGCGCUGAAGGAAAAAGCGGCUGUGGACUAUCGGAGGCACUGCUUGGAGGUGCGCGAGCUGCACCGGCAGCUGGAGCACAGCGCGAAGCUGGAGCGGUUCCUGCGCAGCAAGGGCGCGGCGCGGCGCCCCGCCGGCGGGCGCCGCGCCGCCGCGCGCCGCGCGCGCCGCCACCAGCUGCGCCUCGCCGCCUACUGCGCGCACCUCACCCUGCUGGACGCCUUGAAGGAGUACAUGCAGGAAGACGACGUGGAUAAACUGAUGAUAGAGUUUACGCGACGUGAGGAGGAGAAUUACGCGUUAUUCAACUACAUAAACGAAGUUAAUACCGAACUCAAGAACCUGAGCGACGCUGUCAAAUCGCUAAGAGCUAAUAUUGAGGAGGAGCACACGAAACAGCAAGCGAAGUUGCACAAGCAGCAAGAGAGCAGCGCGGCGCUCCGCAGCGCGCUGGCGGCGCGGCGCGGCGCGCGGCGCCAGCGCGCCGCCGCGUGCGCCAGCACUCGCCUCGUGCUCGACUCGCUGCUGCAGCAAGUGCACUCGCUUGCCAGUUCAUCAGAAUGCGAGUCGCUGCCGCUGCUCAAGCUGUUGGGCCAUAACCUGGACAUCAAUGUUACCAACGCGAGACUGUUCAUCAAGAGUCUGGAGAAGAAGAUCACCGAAAUCGUGGAGGUGAUCAAGUUUGAAGAGAAGUUCCAGGAGAGCAGUGCUCGGGCCCCAGCUGGGGGCAAGCGGACCCGUGGGCCCCGCACGCCGAGGCCCCUACACACUGGGCACACACCUCGACGCGCACACCCCGCACAAAUUCGUCUCGCACCCGCAUAAAAACUCACCGAAAUCGUCUCACACCUCGUACAAACUUAUAUCCCACCCGCGUAAUGCCCCGCGCACAAACUUGUCACACACCUAAGUCAAACAUUAACACAAACUCGUCGCACACCCGCGUAGUGCAACCCGCACAAACUCGAUUCACACCUGCGGAAAACUCGUCCCACACCUAGUUAAUACACUCCGCACUCUCCAAACACUAGACACCCUACAAGCUGUCUGUCUAUUAUUGUGUAUUCCUAGUUUAUUAACGCAUCUUUUUCUAAAUAAAAGAUUUAUUGAUAUUAUUUGAUUAUUAAUUACUUUCGCACCCAAUUUUGAACGACCCUAAUUUGGUUUGACAUGAAAUAAAUGGA